GGUAACCGACGCCGGGGGGGACUCAGUGAGGAGCCAGCGAGGCUUCCAGAUGCCGGUAGGGGCUCGGCCUAGCUGAGCGCAGUCUGCCGCCCACCGGCGCGGGGCGGUGGAUGCGGCCGUGGUGGCGGCGAUGGACGCCCUGGAGGAAGAGAACUUCGCGCUGUCCUUCUCUUCCACCUCUGAUGCAGAAUUUGAUGCAGUAGUUGGGUAUUUAGAGGACAUUAUCAUGGAUGAUGAGUUCCAAUUAUUACAAAGAAAUUUUAUGGAUAAGUACUACCAGGAGUUUGAAGACACAGAAGAGAACAAACUCACCUACACGCCUAUUUUUAAUGAAUAUAUUUCCUUGAUAGAAAAGUAUAUUGAAGAGCAGCUGCUGGAGCGGAUUCCGGGAUUCAACAUGGCAGCGUUCACAACAACAUUACAGCACCAUAAAGAUGAAGUCUCUGGUGACAUAUUCGACAUGCUGCUUACAUUUACAGAUUUUCUGGCUUUCAAAGAAAUGUUUCUGGACUACAGAGCUGAGAAAGAAGGCCGGGGCCUGGACUUAAGCAGUGGUUUAGUGGUGACAUCCUUGUGCAAAUCAUCUGCUGUCCCAGCUUCCCAGAACAAUCUCCGGCCAUAGGUUUUACUGCAGGCCAUAGGCUCUUUCUCCACAUCACCUGUUCAGCCAUCUGGGAGCAGAGCUUCCAAUUGUACCUGCAGAGGGAAUACAUCUCGGAAAGCCGGGGUCUGUUCCACACAUUAAGUAUUCCUGGGGCAGAGUGACACAACCUGGCCCUCCUGGCCCUGCCCUCCUGAAACCCUUUGUGCUCCAUAAUGCUGAAGCAGAACUUCUACUGCUUCUUGUCCAAAAGCAUCCCCCCUGGUGAGGGGGUCCCCACUGUGGAAGGAAGAACCCCAAAGUGCCAACCCAGAGGUUUGCAUGCAUCUAUUUUGUGCACACUUAGAAUCUACUAAGCACCCCACUCAGAGAUUAAGUCUUUUAGCUUCAGUUGGGUUUUGAUUUUUAGGGAGUCUUAUCUGGGGCGUCAGUCAAGUCAGCUGCCUGUCUUGAGAUUUCUGAAGCUCUUCUAAGCUAGUCUUGGCUAUAGUAAUCAGUUUAGAGAAAUGUGCUUGAUGUAAACACACCGUAUGAAAGUUAAUUCCUUGGUAUAUUUAUAUCACUUGUAUCACUAUCCCUUCUACUGGCUGUGAUGUAGACCCAUGGUUUCUAGAACUCUUUCAAGCAGUUUAUUAAUAAGAAAA